GGGAUUUGUCGGUCAAGGAAAAUAACGUUGGAAAAGCUUCCCAUAAAGGCGAACGGUGAGCGGUUCUACAUCAGCGGAGUGGAGAUAAAUGUCUUAUACACAGAAUUGUGCAGAUAAACCGGACAAAUAACAGACAAAACCGUUAUCUUGCAGGUAAGUUGCUCAGACAGACAAGACGGUGUAAAAGAGAAGGAGGAUCAUCCUGCUGGAUUUUUACUAACACUGGAACACAGGAGUCCAUUAAGAAGUUUCAUUUUUGGAGUGGACAGCUUUGAUGCAGCACGGUGCUGAAGACAGUCCAAGAUGACGGAAGAGGUGAUCGUUAUUGCCAAGUUUGAUUACAUGGCCCAGCAGGACCAGGAGCUGGACAUUAAGAAGAACGAGCGGCUCUGGCUAUUGGACGACUCGAAGUCCUGGUGGCGCGUGCGCAACGCUACCAACAAAACCGGCUUCGUCCCGUCCAACUACGUGGAGCGGAAAAACAGCGCCAGGAAAGCCUCGAUCGUCAAGAACCUCAAAGACACUCUAGGGAUCGGGAAGGUGAAGCGGAAAACAGGAAUGAGGGAUACGGCAUCAAACGCGGAGGCGGACUUUUACCCGGACAACGGUGAGCGGUUGUAUGACCUGAACCUGCCGGCGCUGGUGAAGUUUAACUACACUGCCGAGCGGGAGGAUGAGCUGUCUCUGGUGAAGGGCAGCAGGGUCAUCGUCAUGGAAAAGUGCAGUGAUGGCUGGUGGAGAGGCAGCUACAACGGGCGCUCUGGAUGGUUCCCCUCCAACUAUGUGACGGAAGACGCAGAUGGCUCGGCCAGCAACGACAUGAUGGGCUUGUCGGAGAAGCUGGCUGCCGUGGUACACAGUGCAAAUGGUAACAGGGUGCUCCAUACGGUUCAGGCUCUGUAUCCGUUCAGCUCAAGUAACGACGAAGAGCUGAACUUUGAGAAAGGGGAAGUGAUGGAAGUCCUGGAGAAGCCGGAAAAUGACCCGGAGUGGUGGAAGUGCCGCAAAGCUGAUGGGCAGGUCGGUCUUGUGCCCAAGAACUACGUCACCAUACUGCACGAGUCGCAGAACUCUGGGAACAUGGCUGGACCCCCAACGCCCGACUUUGACUACAUCGAGCCUUCUGGAAGCGGGCGCUUCGCGGGCAAGGAGUGGUACUACGGCAAAGUGACCCGGCACCAGGCAGAGGUGGCGCUCAACCAGAGAGGCACAGAGGGAGACUUCCUUAUAAGAGACAGCGAGUCCUCGCCCAACGAUUUCUCCAUAUCACUGAAGGCCCAGACCAAAAACAAGCAUUUCAAAGUGCAGUUGAAGGACAACCUGUACUGCAUCGGUCAACGCAAGUUCAGCUCCAUGGAGGAGCUAGUGGAACACUACAAAAAGGCGCCGAUCUUCACCAGUGAGCAGGGCGACAAACUGUACCUGAUCAAGGCCCUGGCUGCCUCCUGAUCCUGAUCGUGACCCGCAUUGGAAAUCUAGAGCCACGUGGCAGGACUGAAAGACAUGGAAAGUAGAGCAUUCCAACACUGGAGAGGAAGGGAAAAGGGGUGGGGGAGCGACGGAUGGUUUUGGACUCCCGUGUUCAUGCUCAGAGACAGCUUCAUGGUUGGAUGUGUAUCAAAAUACAAUUAUGUUUAGGGCCUAGGUGAUGUAUUUUGCUGUUAACAUGUAUUAGAAUUACAACUUAGGUUUUCUCUUCUUAAUAUAUAUCCUUUUUUUUUUGACAGCUUCUUUCAGUAAUUGUGUCGUUGGAUUACUACUCAUCAUCCAUUUGUUGAAUUUCAGAAAACUGAAGAACUGCAGUGCACAUUUCCACGGUUUUACACAUUUCCUGCUCUUCAAAUCGCUUGAAUAAUGCAACAUAGUGAGCUGAUUUAACAUGCUAUAUUUAUAGGGAUCCAACAUUUCUGCAGAAUAAAAAUGGGUGACCAAACCCUAUCAACUAGCAAGGUUUUAGCGACGUUUUUCUCAAAAUCCAGCUCAAUGUUUACAAAGAAUAUCAGAAGAAACAGCCGCUUGCAGCUUAACAGGAUGUAGCGGCUGCAUUCUUCCUGUCCUCACAUCGUGUCAGGCUAAAGAGAGGGGACAGGAAGCUGUUCUAUAUUUAAAAGUUCAAUCCCUUUUUGAGCGAUUGAUGUUUCCUGAGCAUGCUAGAGCAGUAAGAAUCGUGUGCUGGGAUGCAGGUGACCUGAAUGGAUUCCUGACCUUGAUUUCUUACACAGAUUGGGUUUCUGCAAUCAUUAUGUUUGGUGCAACUUUUUUUUUUUUUUUUGCGGCUCUACGUAUAUGUAUGUUUGUCUUGGCGCAAAGUGUCUACCACAUUGGUCUCAGCUCUUGCUGCAUACACUGUUGAGCAUUGCAAAGCUAGAUAGCUAGACAUUUGCAUCUUGCAUCAAUCUGCAACUUGUAUGUGGAUAACGGAAGAUCUGAUCUCACGUUUGGGUUUGCGCUUGGUACUUCACAUUUUCGUGAUCUCGUUUCUCCAAAGCAAUAUGCAGAUUAGCAGUCUAGCUUGGUAAUGCGUUUGAUCUGCUGGGUAUCAACAUGGAAAUAUCCGAUUGCCAGAUACUAUUGUACAGUUUGUACUUAGUUUUUCCGAAAUAACUUCCGAAACGCCUGCAUCGAUUGCCAUCCUUUUGUUACAUUUUUAUAGAAGAAUUUGAUGACGUCGUAUCCCGAGCGCCUUCCUUCAUGCUAAUGAAACUCGGAUCAGACCUACUGAGAUUUUCUGGCGGAUCUGAUGACAUUCCGAUAGCGCUGUGUUUUCCGAACGCUAUCCGAUGAUGAUCGCAUUGUUAAUGCAAGGUGUUAGACAGGGCCAGGAAAUCUUCACUCAGGCCUGAAGGGCCUCGUGGGAGUUUCAGGAUUCAUCUUGUUGUCAUAAAUGAGGCUGCUUUCCUUCUCACACUUGGCGAACCAGGUGUUUUCCGUGUGCUGUAACUGUUCUAGGUAUUGCUUCACCAGGUGUGUGCACGAGUCCCUGGAUUACGUUCAUCGCGUCUGUUGUUUACACAAGGCUGCAUGUUAAAUGGGGCAGGUUUAAUGGCGCCAGUGGUGUUAUGUAAAAGCCGUGCAGCACACCGUAAUCGGAUGUUGAGAGUUGUGUCAGAAGCACGGACUGGCAUAUGGCCAUAAAUGGUGGUGCGUCUCGUUCCUGUUGUUUUGUUUUUAGCGGUUUGGUAAACUGUUCGAGGAUGGUUAAGCUGUUAUGGGGAUUGAUAUUUAAAACCACAGUGAAUAAGAGGAUGUUUUUUUCUAAAGAGAUCAGGGGUCGAUCGCGUUGGAACUCAUCGAGGCCUUCUUCCUGGGGAACAUCAGCACUCGCUGAUUACUUCCCCAGCUGUGGGGAGUUGGAUCAGGGAAGGAGUGAGAAAUGGGGGAUUUUUCAUGGAGCGAAUGGAAAAAGUGCUCACAUAGGCGAGCCGAGAUCUGAGUCAAGGGUGAACAUGAGGUUCACAGUGAAAUUUGAUCUGAAAUAUCUAUCCAAAAGAGAAAAAAAAAAAAAAAGCCUGGGGCCUAAAGGUUGGGAAAGAAGCAGAUCGUGUGCAAGUGGUCGUGUUUUUAUUCUGUUUGUCAGUUUUUUUAUUUAAAAAAAAAUUAAUACAGAAAAGAAAAAGAAAAAAAAAGUGCCUUCAUUAUUGCUGCUCCUAACCAAAAAGGCUUAGCGUUCCUCUGAGUGUCUGUCCUUUCUCCCAGCUAACCACACCUUCUGUUAUUUGAGUAUUGCUUUGCAUGUGCGUAAUCUGUCUCCGAUGUGAUUUUCUGCAUCCGACUUCCCUGUUGUUCGGUUGUACGCUGCAGUGUUUUUGCAAUGUGUAUCUGAAAAUCUGGCUCGUUCACUCAUUUGCAUGGUAUGAAGUGACCUUAUUUUACAGCUCACUCACUCACCAUGAUUAGCUCUUCUUCUUUAGUGGCUGCGCUUGUAUUCAGGACAGCGGCGAUGUACAGUUUAAUUUAUAAAUCGGGAGCGUUAGACGGUUCGUCAUUCAUGUUUUUUAAGUCGUUAAUGAAAAGGCUUCAGUCUGAUCUUGUUUGAAAGGAUAUUUAACGCUGUAGUGUUGACCAGAUUUUAUUAUUUUUUUUAAUGCUGUCUAAUCUACUAACGUGCAAGUUAACUCUCUGAAAUAAGAGACACGUGUAUAAGAGUCGGAGCCUCGCAGGGUAAAGGCAAGGCCAUAUCGAUGAGUGAUUAAGGACAAAGUCUUCGUUUAUGUCUCGGUUUUGUGCUGUAUUUCAGUUGUGCUCAAUUUGAUUUGCCUGCCAACACACAGAAUGAAAUGUGAGAAUUGUGAUAAGCCUGUCGAUCCAGAUCUACUUCCUUACAGGUCAUUUGUCACGCUUCACACAGUGUUGGUCUGGAUCAGACUUUGGCUCUUGUAUACUAAAUACACAUACAGUUGCAUGUACAGGAGACUUUUUUUUUUAUUAUUGAUGAUAAAAAUCUCAGCACUAGGACAGAUCAUUUCUUUACAGUGCAAAAUGUGAUAUUUUUACUAAAUUAACAUUAUCCUGAUAAACCACAAGUUCCCAACCUCGCCUAGCUGAUCUCAAACAGUGCUCUUCAAGGAUUUUAAUGCUGAUGACCGGACAGACUCAAAUGAAAAUCAAGCUUCAUGAUGUAAAUUCUAACCUGUAGCUUUUAGAGAAACUGAUUCUUCCUGACCCUGAAUGCACGUUGAGAGCCAGUCUGUUCGAGGAGGCGAUUGAGACGAUGCUGUGAAAAAUAAUUGUACUUAUAUGCUCACUAUCAACAUGGACUCGUCUUCAUAUCUAAUAGAAGUUUAUUAGACUGUGCAAAGGAAGUAAUAAAGUACAUAAACCAAA